AUGGAAUCAGUCUUUCGUAUUAGUGGUUGUGCUGAUGGUGAUAAGGUAAAGUAUGCCACAUGCACUCUUCUAAAUAGUGCUCUCACAUGGUGGAAUGCCUACGUACAACCUAUAGGGAUUGAUGCUGCCUAUGCUUUACCUUGGGAAGGCUUAAAAGAAAUGAUGAGAAACGAGUAUUGCCCGAGAAGUGAAGUUCAGAAGCAGGAAAUUGAAUUUUGGCAUCAUACUGUAAAAGGAACGGACAUAAUGUCAUAUACUACUCGGUUCAAUGAACUAGUAACAUUGUGCCCGGGGAUGGUUACUCCCGAGUACAAAAAGAUUGAGAGGUACAUCUGGGGCCUUCCACCCUCAAUUCAAGGAAAUGUAACUUCUUCAAAACCAACUACCAUCCAAGAAACUAUUCGUCUAUCACACGAUCUUAUGGAUCAAGUUAUCCGUCACACCGCCAAGAAUGCAGAUCAACGAACAAAUGAUAACAAGAGGAAGUGGGAAGACAAUCAAAGGAGAAGUGUUGGGCAACUACUAUUUAAGAAACCAAAUUCUGUUAGGAUAUUUAAUGCUGGUCCUUCUACCAACCAGUCAUAUGCCGGGAAUCAGCCACUUUGUAACAAAUGUGGACGCCAUCAUCAAGGAUUCUGUAAGGUUUGUGGAAAAUGCCAGAAGACGGGUCAUUUGACCAAGGAUUGUAGGGAUGUGAUCCCAAGCACAAAAGUAAUUCAACCUGGAGGAUGUUACAAUUGUGGAGACAAGGGACACUUCAAACAGAAUUGCCCAAAGCUGAUGAACGUGAAUAUUGGAUAA